UACCCAAUUUCCUCAAUCUCUCUCCCUCUAAAGUUUUCGCCCAAAAAGAAAAAAAAAACCCUAAUUCUGAUUUUUCAUCGUAGAUUAGAUGAGAUGGCGGAACAUCUGGCUGCAAUCUUCGGUACAGAAAAAGACAGAGUAAAUUGUCCGUUUUAUUUCAAAAUCGGUGCUUGUAGACAUGGGGAUCGUUGUUCAAGGCUUCAUACCAGACCUUCUAUUAGUCCAACGAUUCUCCUCUCUAAUAUGUAUCAAAGACCUGAUAUGAUCACUCCUGGUGCUAGUAUUGAUCCUUCUGCUCAGGAUCCUCGUCAUAUUCAACAACACUUUGAUGAUUUUUAUGAGGAUUUGUUUGAUGAGCUGAGCAAGUACGGAGAGAUUGAAAGUCUUAAUAUCUGUGAUAAUCUGGCUGAUCAUAUGGUGGGGAAUGUUUAUGUUCAAUUUAGAGAGGAAGAACAUGCUGCUAAUGCGCUUAAGAAUUUGACUGGAAGGUUCUAUGCAGGGCGUCCUAUUAUUGUUGAUUUCUCUCCUGUGACGGAUUUUCGUGAAGCGACCUGUAGGCAGUAUGAAGAGAAUACGUGUAAUCGAGGUGGAUACUGCAACUUUAUGCAUUUGAAGAAGAUUAGCAGGGAAUUGAGGAGGCAAUUAUUUGGUAGGUAUCGUUCAAGGCAUAGCCACAGUAGAAGCAGAAGCCGCAGUCCUCACAGGCAUCGAAGUUAUGAAGAGCGUUCAUAUGGUGGCCGUGGUUAUGAUAGAAGGUCGAGUGAUCGGGGUAGUAGGAGGACUAGGAGCCGGAGCCCCGGAAGGAGAAGGGGACGAAGUAGGAGUCCUGACAGGAAGAGGAACAGGAGCCCUGUUAAGGAUAGGGAAGGUAGUGCCGAGAGGAGGGCCAAAAUUGAGCAGUGGAAUAGGGAAAAGGAGCAAGUAGUAUCUGCUAAUGAGAAUAGUAAUACUACUACUGGUCUCACUCACAAUGACGGCAAUGGGCACGAUGCAGAAAAUGGAGAGCAAUACUAUGACCAGCAACAACCACAGCGAGAACAUGGAUUAUCUGAAUAUAAUCAUUAAUCUGGUAGGUAACAGUUACUUUGUUUGUUGCUCUUGUUAGAAUGAUGCCUCUCAGUUCUAUUUGAAAAUGAGGGUUUGGAUUACACAAUACGUACACGAUGAGUAAAUUCAGUUUAAUACCCUUUUCCACUGUGCAGGUGGUGUGCAGGUUUUCAGUUCUAGGAUGGAGAAUGUGAAUAUUAUUUCAUGUUUAUACUUCGUUAAUUCAUUUAUAUUGUUGAUUUUCAAAGACAGGUUUUUCAGUCAGCCUCAAUGGUUUGCUAAAAGUUUUUUUUUUGUUGUUGUACACCAAACCUUCCCUUUGUCGCCGGUUUAAACUUCUCCUCCUUAUUUUUUCCGCCAAUGCUUCUUGCAGUUAUGCUAAAUUUUGAACAUAUAAUAACUUUUCUGGUCACAUGGAUUCUUAGGUUUUUUAACUAUCCUGUCAAUUCUGAACAUGAAUCUGGAAGGUUUUAGUUUACUGGAAACCAUAGCGGCAGUAUGAUAUUGAGUAGGGUCUCCUAAAAAGUAGCAUUUGGUGAAUGAUCGUGUCUUUGCUCUCAAGUGUCUCUCCACAUGAUUGUUUUUUUACAUAUGUGGCCAUUGCACAUACAUGAUAAAAUUUCUGAGGUUGUCUCAUUUUUGGGUCUUAACAGAUGUGGAUCUUACAUAUUUUCAUGAGUUGUUGCAGGUUCAGGUACCCUGCUUCUGAGGAACAACCUUAGUUAUUAUGUCAACUCACCGUGAGCUUUGAUUUACAGGUUUUGGCUCGACGCCAGUGAUGCGAGUUUACAAGAUUUUAAUGUUUCAUGGUGAGAAAGCUGAAGUUAUCUUGGCAGGUUAGGUUUUUCUAUGGAGGAAGGACCAAUUUUCUUGGUCAUUUGUGGAAAGCCCAGAGAGGAGUUGCUCAUGCUUGCUCAUUAUGUUUAAUUCAGAAACAACUUUAUUUUUUGCACUUGACCAUGUAGAAGUAGUUGAUACUGUUCAUUUUUCUGUUUGGUAGGCUCAGUGUAGCUUUUUAGUAGACUUUUAACUAGUGCAAUCCUGAGUUUCUAUAUGUCUGUUUCUCUGUA